AUGAGAGGCUCCCGACCGCAGUUCCAGGCAAUCCCGCGACUAGCGCUCUACCUCCGUGGCCAACGGCCCCAGCCACCACCGAGACGGUGCUUGUCGGGAUCACUCGUCAAGAUGAGCUCGCGACGCGAAGACUCAAUCCCGCAUGAGCUGCGCACGGCGGCCGAGCCCCGACAAAACAGGCUGUACCCUGUGCAUCUGUCACAUGUGGAGGAGAUCAAUCUCUCCAUCCGACUCCUACACUUGGCCAUCCCUCAGGAAAAUAAUAAUGAAAACCAGCAAUCAUUCGCCUUCCUCCCAGGCCAAUGGCUAGAUGUACACAUCCCGUCCAUCUCCAACGCUGGUGGUUUCACCAUUACCUCGACCCCAGCAGACGCCCAGCCGCUACCAUCCCUUGAUUCUCUGCCAGAAUCCCUCGCCAGUGACAGAAUUGGUGCCCUUAGUGCUCCAACUCUACAGAGUCGGACGCCUUAUGUAGAAUUGGCCGUUCAAGACUCACCCUCCAACCCAGCUGCUGCAUGGCUAUGGAGACCAAAAGAGGAGAUUCUUGGACAGGAAAUCAAUAUCCGCGUUGGUGGAAGCUUCACCUGGCCACCAACUGGAGUUGACAUUCAUAAGAUCAAAAAUGUGGUCUUUAUCGCUGGAGGCGUUGGUAUCAACCCGCUCAUCUCGAUCCUGUCGCAUCUGAACAACCAGUCACAAAAUACUCAUGCUUUAAAUGUCCACUUCUUAUACUCGAGUCGACUAUCACCAGGAGAGGAUAAUAAGCCUCUAGAGACGAAACUGGAACAAGUUUUGUUCCUGCCGCGACUUCGGUCAAUACUUCGCUCCCAAAUGCAAUCGCAAAGGCUCCGCAUUUCUCUAGUGCUCUUCCUUACUAACCUCGAUACUUCCCUACUCGAUUCUGCUAGCCUACCAUCAGACCUGACUAUACAGCCACGAAGGAUUGGUGACGAUGACCUUCGCUCCUCAGUCAUCGGCAGAGAUGGUAAGAUGGACCCGCACGAGACGGUCUCAUAUAUCUGUGGACCGCCCAAUAUGACCGACGACUUCGCGGAGCGGUUGAAGACCGUCCUCGAUGAUCCCGAAGGACAGCGCAUCUUUUUUGAGAAAUGGUGGUGA